UCUCAUACUAUGAAAGAGACACAGGCAAAUUUGAAUAAACUAGGAACUCCUUAUCAGCCAAAUUUAUCAUUAUUCUCCAAAAAUCCUCAAUCAGCUGCAAUUGUCAAGCAAAGGGAAGGGCCUAGAGAGCCUUCUUCAAAAGCUAGGCUGCUGGCAUCUUCUUUAUCAACAAUGGUUGGAGUCACUCUGACGUCCCCCAUAGAGGUUCUCAAGACCAGAAUGCAAGUUCAGAACGAUAAGCAGUUCAAAGUAGAAAUGUACCAGAAAAUCAGGGAGUCUUUCCUGAAAAUCUGGAGGCAAGAAGGCUUCGCUGGUAUGUUCAAAGGCUACAGAGCCACACUUAUAUGAACUCCUAUAUUCAACUCUAUUUAUUUCCCUAUCUAUGAGAAAUUACGACUUACAUUUGCAGAAAGUUAUGGGCAGGAUAAGAGCUCUUUCAGCGUGGUUGCUUCUUCCUGAUCAAUUGCUGGACUAAUAUCAUCAAUUUUGACCAAUCCAAUGUGGGUAGUCAGAACAAGAAUGAUCACUGAAGAAUUCAAAGCUCAAGGAAUUCCUGAUUAUGAGAUAAAAUAUAAAGGCCUUUACCGUUCCAUUCGUCGAGUCUGGAUGAAUGAAGGAUUCUUGACACUUUAUAGUGGGCUCAUGGCCUCCUUUCUGAACCUUUCUCAUGUUUUGGUGUACUUCACAAUCUAUGAGAGGACUAAGAUAGUCCUUAAGAAUAACAUCGAGCCAGAUUCAAGUUCAUUAAGCUCCUACCUUGUAUCUCUAAGUGUUAUUAUUAGCAAAAUAACUGCAUCAAUGGUAAGCUAUCCCUCAGAAUUGGUGCGUGCUCGUCAACAUGAUACUAGAAACCACGAUCAGAGAGGGAACCACUUCUUCAAGGUAGUGAAGAGGUCUUACAUGUCCCAUGGGAUUCUGGGUUUCUAUACAGGAUUUUCUCUGAACUUACUCAAAAUCCUCCCUCAAAAUAUUAUAGUUUUCAUGUUCUAUGAAAAACUAAGCCACCUCCUCACAAAUAAAUAUGACCUCUAAUCCUUGCACAUGACUGAAGAAAUCGUAAUUUUC